CUCCGGCUGAUAUCCCCAUACUACCUCCCGUACGGCUGAUUCCGGCGGCUUCCUUUCUCUUAUCUGUUUGGCUUUAUUGUUUAACAGGGAUUCCCCAUUUCGUGAAAACAGGCUGGUCCUGGAUGAGGGGUCGUCACUCUUUGUUCAACUGAUCGUCUUAUCCGCGGCCUCUAGAGCCAUGUCGAGUCGUCUGCCGAUAGCGACCUAACAAACCUCCAACCGGGUGUCUUGACCUGAUCUGUACUUGUAUGUCUGGGGGAGGAUUUCUCAACAGGAGAUAGAAGAUGUCUCUCCUUCACAACGAAGAUUUUACGAUCUGGCAGUUACGCACAUCCUACCUCUCUACGAUCAAAGAUGGGAUCGGUGAUCGGCUCAUCAACGUCAACAACGCCGUCCUGAACACGCCCGGGUUCCGAGCGGCGGGCUGGUCUUCGGCCUCGGCGCACCCGGGCGCCGCGGCCGCCCAUAUCAAGCGCACCUAUUCCCCACCGAUCCCCACGACGGCGGCCGUCUCGUCCGAAUAUUACAAUCUAGGGGUCUUUCGAGACGCUUCCGAGGCGCGGAACUAUGACCUCCGGGAAGACGGUGAGGAUGAGGAAGGGGGCAUGGUGACUGGGAAAAGCACUGCCGAUAUCAUCGGGCGCCGGAAUAAUCUACGCGGGGCGAAGAAGCCCCAUCGACGGGAGCGCCAGCAGCCGGAGCAUUUAAAACCGCGAGACGCCGAAGAAGAUGAUAGUAGUGACUUGAGCGAUGAGAGUGAUGAUGAUGGGGAGAGUGCCAGUGCGCCAAGACCCGCGGACCAGAUCAAGUUCACGAAAAUGCCGAUCCGUACACGCGCCGGAUCGUCUCCCAUUCGUUCCACUGAUCGUCAAGAGGGCCCUCAGGUUAUGGUCACGUCGCCGUCGCACCCCACCAUGGGUAGCCAUUACCGCACCGGGUCGCUGGGAACCGCGGUGACCGUGGACAGCCGGCCCCGACGAGACACUACGACGACUACCAGCAGUGACAUGUCUUCCGAUAAUGACCUGGAAUAUAAGAGACGGCAUAUCCAAUUUUCCAACCGAGACCAGGUGAUCGAGCCAUCCAGAUUGGGGCGCGGUGAACCAGACGAUCGGAUUGACGAGGAGUCGGACGAGGAGGGAGAGGAUUCGGGGGCAGAGUCCGUCGGGUCUGCUCUCUCCUCUGAAUUUGGCGCCACGGCUGGCUCGGCGUCCCUGCUGGAAGAUGUGGAGAUCACCGGGGGCUUGGACUCAUCGUCACCCAUGGCCCUGAUGCACAAAUUACAGGGCGAGACCGGGUCGCAGCAGUCUGCGUCUCGAAAGGCCAGAGCCCCAGCACCCGAGUUGCACGACCUUCCACCCCCACGACCGAUCAGCACCGUGCAGCCGGUGAGUCUGCUCUCCCAGGCGCUCAAUGCGCGCAAGCGCGCCCCGACGAACCCGGUGGAGAAGUUCGCGGUCCUCUCGGGCAAGGGAUUGACGGAUGCCCUCAACAUCAAACUCUACCUGCCGUUCUCGGCUGAUCCAGAGGAGCCACUCGAGCUCCCGCUGGCGCGAGAGUCCAAACUGGCGGAGCAGCCGGCGCCGGUAACAGUGGUUGAGGCGAUCGGGCUCGCCUUGUGGCGGUAUGCGGAGGAGGGCCGAGAUCCAGCCAUCGAACGGCACAAGCUCACGGUCAACCGCUGGGCCCUGCGCAUGAUGGAGGAUGGGGAGGUGGAGUACGAUUUCCCGGCCCUGGGCCGAAGCUCUCCCAUGACAGAUUUUACGUCCAAUAACAACAACCGCGCCGCCGGAGCGCGCGGGCGUUCCCGAGGGAACCAGUACGACGAAUUCGCCCUCGUGCAGGCCUCCGAGGCGGAGUUCGUCGAGAACGAGCGUCUAUAUCCGAUGGAUAGCCCGACCGUCCCCGCCGAGGACACGGGUGAUGCUGUGACGACGGCGACGGCGGCCGCCGCCACCACCCCCAGCGCAUCGACGGCAAGCGUCCCGCCGUCGGCGAACUCGCCCGGCCUGCCGAGCAAGGGCCCGCGGCCGAAUCCGAUCCUGGGACAGCCGUUCUCGUCGGCGCUAAACGACAACACAUUGACGCCGGCAGACCGACCGGUCGUACCAGUGUCGCACGCGACGCCGCGACUGGGCGUGUCGAAGACGCUACGGAUCCGGUUCAUCAACCUGGAAGGGUCUACGCAGAUGACGACGCUGAACACGUCUACGGACAGCUACAUCGCGGAGAUCCUGGACUCGGUGUGCAAGCGGUGGGGGCUGGACAAGGGCAACUACCUGCUGAAGGUGAUGGGGUCGAACACGAUCGCGCCGCUGGACCGGACGGUGGAAGCGCUGGGCCACAUCGUGGAGCUGGACCUGGUGCGGCGGCGGUUCGGCCCGCUGACGGGGUCACCGGGCAGCUCGUCGCCGAACGCGCCGCUGCUGAUCGAGCAGAGCGGCGGGGGCGGCAAGACGAAGACGGGGACGAAGAAGGGCAAGAAGAGCGAGAAGGAGAAGCGGAUGCUGCACCCGCUCACGCAGAAGCAGGAUCUCAUCGGGGGGUAUUACCGGCGGUACCACGUGUUCCGGAAGCAGUCGAUGUCGUUCACGGCGUCGAACCACCGGAUCCUGACGUUCGACAACGACUACAUGCAUAUCAUCCCGGGGGACACGGGCAAGACGGGGUCGGACACGAAGACGCGGUCGAUCAGCUUCAACGACGUGGUGGGGUGUAAGGUCAGUCGGCGGCAUCCGAAGAACUUCCGGGUGGUGGUGCUGCGGGGGAACGACGCGAACGAGCAGAAGCGGUAUGACUUUGAGGCGCAGAAUACGGUGGAGGCGGAGGAGAUCGUGGAUGAGAUCAAGAAGAACAUGGCGCAUUACCGGAUAUAACUCUUUUCCCGUUAUCUGUCUUUCUGUCUGUCUGUCUGUCUUUGUGUUUUUGUUGGUUGAUGGGAUUGGAUUGGAGUUGGUCGGGAUAUGGUUAGUCAUCAUUCAUAACUCUAUAACUACAGAGUAUAGUUAUCCAGUAUCGAGUAUGGAGUCAAUGGGAGAAAUACAAUCAUG